CCAAGCGCCAGGGGCGGUGCCACAGCGGGCGGGGCAGCCGGUGAGCUGUGUGGCUCUGGCCAUGAAGCCGCAGCCACCGGGCUAGGCCCGGGGCGGCUCCAGGCCUGGGCAGCCCGCAGAGGGCUGGGCCGGUUCCCGGCUCGGGUUCCCAGGGCGGCAGGUGGCCGCUCACCAUGCCCGGCAAGCAUCAGCAAUUCCAGGACCCUGAGGUUGGCUGCUGCGGGAAAUACUUCCUGUUUGGCUUCAACAUUGUCUUCUGGGUGCUGGGAGCCCUGUUCCUGGCCAUCGGCCUCUGGGCCUGGGGUGAGAAGGGCGUUCUUUCCAACAUCUCAGGGCUGACAGAUCUAGGCGGUCUUGACCCCGUGUGGCUGUUUGUGGUGAUUGGGGGAAUCAUGUCAGUGCUGGGCUUCGCCGGCUGCAUUGGGGCCCUCCGGGAAAACACCUUCCUGCUCAAAUUUUUCUCUGUGUUCCUCGGCCUCAUCUUCUUCCUGGAGCUGGCGGCCGGGAUCCUGGCCUUCGUGUUCAAGGAUUGGAUCCGAGACCAACUUAACCUCUUCAUCAACAACAAUGUCAAAGCCUACCGGGACGAUAUUGACCUUCAGAACCUUAUCGACUUUGCUCAGGAAUACUGGUCUUGCUGUGGAGCCCGAGGGCCCAAUGACUGGAACCUCAACAUCUACUUCAACUGCACUGACUUGAACCCAAGCCGCGAGCGCUGUGGGGUGCCCUUCUCCUGCUGUGUUAGGGACCCUGCGGAAGACGUCCUCAAUACCCAGUGUGGCUAUGACAUCCGACUCAAACUGGAGCUGGAGCAGCAAGGCUCUAUCUACACCAAAGGCUGCGUGGGCCAGUUUGAGAAGUGGCUUCAAGACAACCUGAUUGUGGUGGCCGGGGUCUUGGUGGCCAUUGCCCUCCUCCAGAUAUGUGGCAUCUGCUUGGCCCAGAACCUCGUGAGUGACAUCGAGGCAGUAAAGGCCAACUGGAGCCUGCUGUCUCAGACCACUCCAUAUUCACCAUGACCUUGAACCUGCCUGGAGCUCACCUUGGCCUCAGUGUCACAGCCUCUGAAAUGGGUCCAAGAAUCCUCUCUCUCUCUGGCUUGCCUCUCAGGACCACACAUGGUGAUGGCUACGAGCGACUCAAUAAACAACACUUUGAAAAACAGUGGCUUAA